AUCUUCAUCAAACUCUAAAAUCAUCCCUGAGACGAGCAAAGACUCGCCAAGACUCGUCUGUGUCAACGUCGUAGAAGUUUAGGGUUUCAAUGGAACAAGGAACGAUCAAGAUCAAACUACCUAAACCAUCAGAGAUAACGAGGAGGCACAAGAAAGAGGCCGAUAUGGGCAAGAAGAUAAAGAAAGAAGAGAACAUGAAGAGAGAUUUCAUCAGACGGAGAAUGGUUUUUCGAGUUAAGAAGAUGACUUCUGUGAUUUCCGGUGUCUUCAACCGCAAGAAAACACUUUCAGGUGAAAACAGAGAACAGAGAGAUGGUUCUGAGGGCGAUGAGACCGUGUUUGUUAAACUCAAGCAAAACCCAAUUCAGAAGAAGGGGAGUUUCUGGGAAAGCGCAAGAAUUCGACUGAAGACACUCAUCUUAGGGCAAAGAUUGAAGAGGAGAAGAAACCGAAGAAGAAGCUUAAGUGAAGGAAUGGAAGAAGAGGAGCUGUGCAAGAAGAGAAUACUAAUGGGUGAAAGAUGCAAACCAAUGAACGGGGUUUUGCAGUAUGAUGGUGACGGAAUUCUCCUACCCGAGCCAUGACGGUUGAUCGGUUUUCGUCAGUAUUAGUCCUAGUGUAGUUUCAGUUUCUUGUUGAUUCACUCAUUAGAGAUUUGCAGGUAGUUUAUACAAACUUUAUUUCUUACCAAUUUUCAAUAUCUUGAAAUCUUGAAAUCUUGAAACUAAGGCUACAUUUGAAGAUCUAAUGACACUGCCUAUAAAUAAUCGAGAUUAGUUAC